AUGGAGAAUGCUUGUAGUGAGCAAGGAGCAAGGAUGUCUGCCAUGGAUAGUUCCAGUAGAAAUGCUGGCGAUAUGCUUGAUCGCCUCACACUUACUUAUAACAGAACUCGUCAAGCAUCUAUCGCCACUGAACUGAUUGAGAUCAUAUCUGGAGCAUCAGCAUUGACGGGCUAG